AUGGUGGGCGUUAUGGAAGGAAACCGGGGAACUACUCUGCCUCAGUUGCCAUCAAUGCCCUCGAGCGAAGUUGCGAACCGUAGAAGACUGAAAGUCAAUGGAAGCCAGAACACCCUAUUGGCCAUCCAUCCAUCCAUCCUACAUACACACACAUUCUUGGUCUUUCGAAUAACCCACAGUGCACAACUCACCCACUGUCUACUGUACCAUUCUACUCAUCCACACACUCUUUAUUCACAACCAAUAUUCAAAAUCUGUGCUCGUCGUUGCAACAACAAGUCUUCCAAGAAGUCUCCCGCUGCUAGCGAGAUGACCAAUUUCAAGACCGCAGCCAAGGCCAAGGCCGACACUCAAGUCGAAGUCGAAGCUCCAGCAGAUAGCUUCCACCAGUUCGCCAAGUUCCCAUGCGAGGUCCAAAUCAUGGUCUGGGAGGAAUUCUAUCUCGAGCCUCGCCACUUCUACGCAGUCAUCCACGACUUUCGCCGCCCAGUCAAGGGUAAGGGCAACAGACUGGACAGAGAGGAACGCGAAAUCUCAAAGCUUCAUCUCAGGGGCAAAGACGAGUCGAUCAGCCAUUACAACGCCAUCGACAACCAAAUCAACUACCUGUCUCGCGAGAUCGCCCGGACUAUCCGCCACAAGGUCCGCAUGCGACGCCUGGAAGACACCGACCAGGGCCUGGGUUUCGAUAUCGAGGUUCACAAUCGGCAAACCUCCCGAUAUCCUGACUUCGCCUACCUCAAUUCGACUAUCGACGUCUUGCACUUGAAGGCUCCAUUGUACCGAAUGAGCGUCUCGCCUGAGAUAGCGGCCCGGUGCAAGAAUAUUGAGCACGCCAUUGUUGAAUGUACUGGCUCUGAAGAUCCUCGUCGGACUAUCGAUGUAAUGUGCAAGACCAAGAGCAAGAAGCGUAACGGAAAAUGGCGCCUUAUCUUCUCUGGUCUCAAGUCCUUGGAGACCGUAUUUGUCUAG